ACGCAUCAGUCGUCCGGCCCGCUGCUACCGCCGCGCUUCUACCCGCGCUACGUGCUGCCGCUCGCCUUUGGCAAGUACUUCGCAUCAGUGUCCGCGCACGUCAGUAUACGGAAGGUGCCCGUGUCCUACGUGCACACCGUCAAGGCCACCAUGCCCAUCUGCGUGGUCCUCCUGUCCCGGAUCAUCAUGAAGGAGAAACAGAGCACCAAGGUGUACCUGUCACUCAUCCCCAUCAUUAGCGGCGUCCUGCUGGCCACCGUCACCGAGCUGUCCUUCGACAUGUAGGGGCUUGUCAGCGCCCUUGCUGCCACACUGUGCUUCUCGCUUCAGAAUAUUUUCUCCAAAAAGGUAUUAAGAGAUUCAAGGAUCCACCAUCUCCGGCUGCUGAACAUCUUGGGCUGCCAUGCCGUCUUUUUUAUGAUCCCCACGUGGGUCCUGGUAGAUCUCUCGGCUUUCCUGGUCAGCAGCGACCUGACCUCUGCGGCCCAGUGGCCUUGGACGCUCCUGCUCCUGGCUGUCAGCGGCUUCUGUAACUUUGCGCAGAAUGUCAUCGCCUUCAGCAUCCUCAACCUCAAAAGCCCUCUGAGCUACUCGGUCGCCAACGCCACCAAGAGGAUCAUGGUCAUCACGGUGUCCCUCAUCAUGCUGCGGAACCCCGUCACCAGCACCAACGUCCUGGGCAUGAUGACGGCUAUCAUCGGAGUCUUUCUGUACAACAAGACCAAGUAUGACGCGAACCAGCAAGCCCGGAAGCACCUCCUCCCCGUCACAACAGGGGACCUGAGCAGUAAGGAGCACCCCCGGAGCCCCCUGGAGAAGCCCCACAACGGCACGCUCUCCCCCCCGCACAGCGACUACCAGUACGGCCCAACAACAUCUUGACAGAUCACUUCCAGUACAGCCGGCCCACCUACCCAAACUCAUACACUUUGAACCUAUACGACGUGUAGAGCCUCGCGAGCUGGGCAGGACGUUCUGCCAGUCCUCUCCUCCAUCCCCGCCCCCAGCAGCAUCAGAAACUCCUGACAACCAGUGAAUGUACAACCCAGCCAAGGGGGGAUGGUGCGGAACCAGCGGAAGACCGUGGGGACCACCACCCCGAGCUCCGGUGUUUCACGCCCUUUCUUCCUGGAGCCUUGUCUUCUGAGGGCGGCGUCACUCUGGAAACCUUGGCUAGGUUUUUACCUUUCUGUGUAGACUUACUUCCCCAAGUCUGUUCUUCAGAGUUCUUAUUCUGCUUUCCAGCCAGGACCCUUUCUGGAAAGGACACAGACCUCAGCGGGCGAGAUGUGCUUUGCAGGGAGGGUGGCGAGGAAAGGCCCCUAGGGUGGUGCUUUGUGACUGGCCACUGUCAGGCAGGCGCAGGACCGAAGCAGGUGUGGAGCAGAGGAGUGCAAGAAUUACGAAAACGUCUCCAGCCACAAAGGUGGACUCAGCUCUGGGUCAGCCCCAUGACGAUUUGCAAUUCUGGCCAACAUUCCGCAGUGCAGAGCAAUUGCAAUUAGCAUUGAAUCCUUACAGCCUAAUUCUCUCACCCGCUAGUCAGAGUUGGUGUGCCAACCGAAAGGGAAGGGUGGCUGCUGAUUCCUGACUCUCUUCCUUUGCUGGAGUGGAACGACUCUCCUCUCGGAGCAGCAAGAAGGAUCAUUCGAAAUCAUGUUCAGCAUUCCAAGCUAAACUACAGUACUCACUCUGUUUUCUCAUGAGCCUUCAACACUGUGCUUAACAGGAUAUCUGGUGAGAUGUUGGUUUUAUGAGGAUCUUACAUUUUUCUAGGGCA